UCAGCAUGGCGAAGCAUGUGUGUCUGCAGUCAGUCCUCUCCGUUCGGAGUGUUCGCCUGUGGAAUGCAUUAUCUGGUUUUCAAUCACGAUCUGACAGACUUCAGUUCCAAUUACUGCAGCGCAGACAGAUCAGUAGACAGGCGCAACUCUUCACAGGCUCUCAAAAUGACAGCUCACUCAACACAAAGAUCUUGGUGCACUUUAUCAAUCAGGACGGGGUUAAGAACAGUGUGACAGUGUCUGAGGGCGAGACCUUGCUGGAUGUGGUUAUCAACAAGAACUUAGACAUCAGUGGAUUUGGAGCAUGUGAAGGCACCCUUGCCUGCUCUACAUGCCACUUGGUCUUUGAGGAAAACAUAUAUAACCGUUUGGACCCAGUGGUGGAUGAAGAGGUGGAUAUGCUGGAUCUUGCUUAUGGCGUUAGCAACACAUCACGUCUGGGUUGCCAGGUGACAGUGGAAAGCUGGAUGGAUGGCAUGACAGUGUGUGUGCCGCAGGAGGUCAAAGACCAAAGGGAACUAUCCAAGAGGACCAAAUAAUAACCACAAGCUCAUGCAUAUACAUGUGUGAUAAUAAAUACACACACACACACUAUUUUGUCGUGGUAUUACUGAUUUUGAGCUAACAGUUUGAAUGUAUUGAAUGUAUCUGAAUGUGAAAAACAGGGAUGUUACUAUGUGUGUGCAUGGAUAGAAUGCUGAUUCCAAUGGAAGUAAAACACAUAUACUGCUUUGGCUCCACCUUGAGCCCUGCUGCACCCCAGCAUUAUAUUCAUGAUGUCUACCCUACAGCUUCAAACACUCUUGUUUCUCUGACGUAAGUAUUACGUGUUUCCUGCAAGAAAUGGCUUAUAAGUGUGUCUGAACCUAAAUGGAGAUGCAUGCCCUCACCCUUUCAAAAGUACACACAGCCUCUCUCUCUCUCUCUCUCACACACACACACACACACACACACAGAUGUCCUUUCAAAUACUAACAAUACAGCUUUGACAACGAAAA